AUCCCUGGGGAGAGAGUGGUGGGUCAGGGCCGUGGGAAGCAGCAGGAAGAAGCUUCUAGAUGCUACCGCUGGAUUUCUGGCUUACUCUUGAGGAGGUAAGGAAGGGGCCCUGAGAUGAGUAGGAGACAGGAAGGGCGCUUCAGUCUGGAGGCUGCUGAAUGGAGCCACUCCUGGCCUCCUGCCCAGAGAGCACUUCCUUUCCCUGACAAGACAGCUCUGCUGGCCUGGCCACUUGCCACCUGGCAGUGUCCUUAGCACAUGACUCCUGUCCACCCAGAGUCUGAGGGAGUAGGCAGAAGGCUCCAGGAUUAGCCUGCCUCUUCUGAGUCACAGGUUUUCUUGCCAGCCGUCCCCAUUUGCUGUGAUACAGGGACCUUGCUUCCCUCCUUGCUCCCUCUCUUGCUGGAUGGAACAGGAAGAUAAUCUGGGGGUGUGUGCAGACCAGUCUUCUGAAGACAGAGGCAUGGGUUCAGACUUUGAGAACUCCGAGGACCAAGAAGGAGACCCAGAAGAAAGAGGAGUGGGCUCUAAUCCACAGGACACAGAAGAGAGAGGCCACCUGGAGCAGGAGUUGGAUUCCAACCCACAGGAUGAUGACCUAAGAGGGGACCCACCAGAGAGGGACAUAGUGUCCACUGUCUGUUCAGAGGGGCUGCUGAGUGAGGAAGAAGGGGCUAUCCUCCGUGAGGAAGAGGACGACCAGCCUGGUGUGGCUGACAUGGCGCUGUUCCCAGGACUGUCAGAAUCUGAUAGCAUAACCCGGAGUCCCCAGGGAGAGGAAGAGGAGGAGGAAGAGGAAGAGGAGGAAAGCGCUGGGGAGAACCGCUUGAUAGAGAAGGAAGAGCCUUUGCCUACUCCGGUGCUUCCCUGGAGGCGUCACCUCUCCCUGGGCGGUCGACACCGGGGUGACAAGCCUGCUUAUCGCCGCUUCCACCGGCUCCAUCACCCCAUGGCCGUGGACCUCGGGGAACUCGACAGCCUCAUGGCCAGCAUCAUGGACGCGCCCACCAUCUGUCCGGACUGCGGGGAGAGCUUUAGCCCAGGUGCCGCAUUCCUACAGCACCAGCGCAUCCACCGCCUGGCGGAGGCCGCGGCCAUGGCCAGCCUGGAGCCCUUCGGUUUGGCUGGGGAGUGCGGAGGAGUGGUGGGGAUGAUGGGCGUGGGCAUGGGCGUGUCCGGCGGCUUCGGGGCGGGGCCGACGUUGGCCCGGCCCCCUCGCGAGAAGCCCUUCCGCUGCGGCGAGUGCGGCAAAGGCUUCAGCCGCAACACUUACCUGACCAACCACCUGCGGCUGCACACGGGCGAGCGGCCCAACUUGUGCGCCGACUGCGGCAAGAGCUUCAGCUGGCGCGCCGACCUGCUCAAGCACCGGCGCCUGCACACGGGCGAGAAGCCCUACCCGUGCCCGGAGUGCGGCGAAGCCUUCAGCCUCAGUUCGCACUUGCUCAGCCACCGGCGCGCGCACGCGGCGGCGGGCGGCGCGGGCUCUGCGGCGGCGGCGGCGGCGGCGCUGCGGCCCUUCGCGUGCGGGGAGUGCGGCAAGGGUUUCGUGCGCCGCUCGCACCUAGCCAACCACCAGCGCAUCCACACCGGCGAGAAGCCGCACGGCUGCGGCGAGUGCGGCAAGCGCUUCAGCUGGCGCUCGGACCUGGUGAAGCACCAACGCGUGCACACGGGCGAGAAGCCCUACAUGUGCUCCGAGUGCGGCGAGACCUUCAGCGUGAGCUCGCACCUCUUCACGCACAAGCGCACGCACUCGGGCGAGCGGCCCUACGUGUGCCGGGAGUGUGGCAAGGGCUUCGGCCGCAACUCGCACCUGGUUAACCACUUGCGCGUGCACACCGGGGAGAAGCCCUUCAGCUGCGGCCAGUGCGAGAAGCGCUUCAGCGACUUCUCCACGCUCACGCAGCACCAGCGCACGCACACGGGCGAGAAGCCCUACACGUGCCUCGAGUGCGGCAAGAGCUUCAUCCAGAGCUCCCACCUCAUCCGCCACCGGCGCAUCCACACCGGCAACAAGCCUCACAAGUGCACGGGCUGCGGCAAGGGCUUCCGCUACAAGACGCACCUUGCGCAGCACCAGAAGUUGCACUUAUGCUAGGGCGGGCAUCUGAACCUGGUGGCAGUAGGAGUCAUCUGACUACUGAUCUGUAGAUGUCGGGGAAGGGGCGGGAAAGACAGUCUGAGAGUAUCUGGGGGAGCCUUUUGGUGUUUGGGGGCCCCCAAGGGGACGGUUAAUAAGAGUUGUUAUUUCGAGGUGCCUACCUCCACCAUCGAAGUAACUCUUAGAGGUUCUUGACUUGAGAGCUUACUUAAAUACACACUGCAAGGAGUGAAGAGCUUGGGUGAGCAGACGCUUGGAGGACCCCGAGGAAAGGCAUUUGGGACUGUAGAGAGGGUUGGGCUGCCGUGCUUGUGAGAACCGGGAUAGGUAAUUUGAUUAGAGUUACAGGGGUACAAUAAAACGCGGGUAGAAAUAAGGCUGUCCCACUUUCGGGGAGUGGUAAGCCUGUGUUUGUCCUGAAACCUCUCACAUCAGCUCUAGUACGACCCUUUUCAUCUCUAUAGAAAAGGUUCCCUUUCUAUGAGCCUCAGCUGCUAUUUUGAGACACCCAGGGGAAACUGAGCAGAAAAACUGCACAGUUACUUCACAGGGCAAACACUGAGUUUAGAAAUUCACAUAAAUUGGUUCUCAGAUCUCUUAGGAACUCCUACACCUGUUUCUUCGCUAAUUCCUGAAACUACUCAAGCUUCAUAUAGGGUCCCGAGUGCCUAGGAAUGGCCCCAAGGGCAAUGUAAGUCAGGACCUGCCUGCCAGGUCUCAGUUCAACUUGGAGAGUAGGAUUCAGGAGAACAGUAGACUGUCAACGUCUGCCUCAGAAACCUGUUCACAAAAGUCAACCAGCUAGCUCAGUUUUGCUGGCUUUGUGUAGAGCAGGAAAGCCCAGUUCACAGGAUGGGAUGCCUUCAUUUGCAUGUGUGUGCCCUGACCCUACAAACCCCAACUUAUCCACAAAUUAACGAGGGAUGUGAUCCAAACAAGAUCCCUCCGCCCCCCAAUGUACCAGACACUAUGUACUUGUGGAGUGCACAGUUAGGGAGAGGUGGAAACACAAAAUUGCCAAAUAGCACAAACAGUGAAUGUUUUCUAGUUAUCUGAGAUGCCAAAAUAGCACUUUUGUAUUUAACGGAGUGCUUUAUGCUUUUUAAUGACUGUUAGUGUUUCUCACUUGCGUGUGAGAUAAAUCAGUAUUGCAAACUGUGAUUUGGGAAAAGUCUGGGGUAGGAGUGUGGCAAGCCUUUCAAAGAAAGGCUGAGGACCAUGAAUGGUGGAGCCUGACCUUUUGUGUUCUCAAGCUCGGUUCCUAGGAUAGCUUACGUACUCUGAUUUAUGUAAUAAAGCAAGAAGACUGAGCAUUCUUACACUUGAUGGAAAAAUUAAAGCCUAGAAGGACCAAAGAUGUCCUUAUUGACAAAGCUGGCCUUUGUCACCUGAUUCCAGUGUUCUCACUGUGCUCUAUUCCAAGUAGGGAACUGUAGUCAAAUGACUUGUAUAGAUUUGGGUUACCUACUCCGAAAAUCUCUCCCCUAGAUUAGCCUUUAGAAGUUAGCGUCGUGGCAGGCAGUAACGUUUUCCUCACUAACAUUUAUUACCCUAGAUUGUUCAUGGGAAUCUUGAACUGUCGGACACAGGUGAAGGUGGGGUGGGGAAACUAUACAAUUGUUUUUACACUUUUAGCCAAGUUUCUGUGAAUGCUAGUGAUUUAUACUUGAUGAUUUGUAUCUUUGUGAUGAGCUUCUCUGGGGACUCUAGGGAAGCAUUUUUGUUUUUUAUUUUUUAAUUUUUUUUUCAUUCUUAGAACACUAAAAAUCUGGAGAACAUCUGGGCUUUUGUAUAUUACCUGCUGAUUUUGUCCACAUAAUCUGUUUCCUGUUGUUCACAGUUGGAAAUAGGGGUAGUUUUGCAAAGCACUAAUUCCCUUCCAGUUUUCAUGAGUGAAGAUUUACACAUGCAGACUCUGUGCCCCUUAUUUAUUCUGACUCUUGCCCUCUGAAUGCCCAGUGUAUGAGACCUACUUAAAAGAGCACAGCCAAUUUGUAGGCAAUCUUAAUAUUCUCUCAUCCCUCCCUUCCCCACCCCCACUCCAAGGUUUCUUUAUAUAGCCCCUGGCUGUCCUGGAACUCACUAUGUAGACCAGGCUGGCCUUGGACUCAGAGCUCCGCCUGCCUCUGCCUCUGGAGUGCUGGGAUUACAGGGAACCCCACCAUGACCCCACCACAACCAGCUUUUUUUAAAUAUGUAUUUUAAAUGCACAUCUACCUCCUCCCUGUUUCAAGUUCUCUCAAGUGUGUGCCAAUGAAAUCUAAUUCACCUUUUAAUUCUUCAUAUAUUUCUUAGCCACUUGAUCGGCUUUCUGUUUUGUUUUGGCCUUUUGUCACCAUUAUUACAGACGGUAUAGCCAUUAUCAAAUGUUUUACAGAACAGCAGCUUUAGGGAUUGGGUUUGGAGGGUUGUGGAUAGCCAAGCUGGCAUGAAGUGAUGGCAGUAGAAACCCAAGGACUUCUCUCUUGUUCUUUCUAUGCCGGGCAUAAGCGAAUCAGCUACUGUGUUAUUCCUUGUCUGAGCCAAAGCCCUCAGCGGAAGAAACUGUCCAGCCACCAACGUGUGCUCGAACGGUGUAUUUAGAAUGUGACUCUGUUUCUCCUCUUCAGGGAAUGUGCCUGCAUCACAUGAAAUUCCAUCGCCCAGGUGGCCGUUCCCUGUCUUCAGUCUUAGAAGAAUAGCGUUUUUUCAGGAUACGCUUGUGACUGUGGUUCAUGCUCGAAAGGUUAAAGAUUCCUUGAUCCAGCGGGUUGCUGGGUUGGAGGUCUAUGUACUAUUUAUUUCCUGGGGAACUUGGUCAAAAGCCGGCUUCAUUUGCUGUCUUUAGUAAGUGAAACUUGAAGACGUUUAUGAGCUUAAAUGACUUAGUUCUGAGACAGAAGGAGGUGGGUAGUUCGUCCUUUGAGCCACUCGGUCUCUUUUACAGUCUAGAGACUGUACAUAUAUGUGAAAAGUAAAUGGAAAAUUAUAAAAGAAAAUGAUGUUCAUAGACAAUCUGCACUAUUCCUGAAGUUUGUGCCCACUUCCCAUUUUAGUGUGAUUUUACAUCUGUUCGUUAAAGUAGUGGUUUAAUGAUCCCAAGAGUUCCAGAGUCCGUGAGUGUGCUCGUGUGUGUGAGAACUCUGUUUUCAGGUUGUUUUAUUUAAGGAUGGUUCCUUGGACAGCAUCCUGGUGUUCAGCAACCAAUAUGGGCUAUUCGUCAUUAAAUUCCUACCUGCCUUUUAUCAUA